AGGUUUAAUGCAUCAACACUGAUUUGUGUCUUAUUUGAAAUAUCUCCGCAGUAACAGGAGGAGGUGCAGUGUGUGUGUGAGUGACGUGGAGGAGAAGGUGGAGAAUUCUCUGGACUCUGGUCAGGACCUCAGAGCUGAGUAGACUCAGAGGAGAAGAUGAAGAAGCUGCUGGUGUUUGUGCUCUGCCUGGUCCUGCUGACCGUUUACACAGAGGCAAAUCCUGUCAUCACGGAGAGUUUGGCAAAGCAGCUGCUUCGCACUAAGCGACAGAAGCCUGGACAUCCUGAUGAGCCAAUGAGGGAGCACAUGGUCCACAUGCAGGUUCUGGAUCAACGAGCCCAGGAGACUAACAUGGAGAACUGGCUGAACCCUCACUGCUAUCCUCGCUGUGACAGGAACUACGGACACCCUGUCUGAGGACGAGGGCAAAGUGAAGAAGCUGAAGUGAACAUGGACUCGACAAUGGCGGCAGUGAAAACGUCUGAACAACAAACACAGAGACUUAAUAAACCACCAUCACUGUUAGUGACAUGGCCAAAAUAAACCAUGUUAUUGUGACAUCACAAUAAAAGGUCUGAAAAUUCAAGCUUCAGUUUUGCUCCUGAGUGAAAGCUGAAGAAAUGAUGAUGCAGUUAUUGGUGAUGUCUCCAAAUGUGUUUACACAGUAAAUAAACAAUAUCAUCAAUACUAUAAUUGACUCUAAUCUCUCUGUUUAGAAGCAGGUGUAGCUUCCUGUUUCUUUUCCUCUGUGAACUGUGUGUCAUGUUUCACCACAGAGUAGAAAACUCUUCAUUCCACUGAAAAUAAAUCUCAUGAGUGAUAA